CAGGAGCCCUCCCCUGCCCUUUGAAGGCAGUCACCCCUCGCGCUAUCCCGUUGUGCGCGCCGCCUAUCCAUCGCCAACGUCGCGGUGCGCUGGGUCCUCGGCCAGGCCGCCGUGGCCGCGGUCCUCGUCGGGGCGCGCCUGGGCCACUCGGAGCACAUUGCGGAGAAUCUGCGCGUCUUCCAGUUCGACCUCACGGACCAAGACCGCGCGGAGAUCGACCGUGUGCUGGCGCGGGCCUCCCCCAUACAUGGUGACUGCGGCGACGAGUACCGGCGGCCGCCGUUCCUCACAGCCAAGGGCGACCUUUCGGAUCACCUGAGCCACGUGCCCAUGGCCUUCGAGGUGAAGCAGCUGCCCGGCCACACGCCCGACUUCCCCAGGCUCCAGGUGCAGUCCGGCACCUCCUGGGAGGGCAUCGCGGGCUUCUCCCGGGCACUCCGCCUCGGCGACCGCGUCUGCAUCUCAGGCACAACGCCAACGCGCCAGGGCCGGGCCGUGGGCGGCGACGACGCUGGGGCGCAGACGACAUUCGCGCUGGACAUCGCCGAGGCCAGCCUCCGGGCCCUGGGUGGGUCCCUGGCGGACGUCCUGCGGACGAGGCUCUACGUCAGGCGCCUCGAGGACUGGGAGGCCGUGGCGAGAGCCCACGGACAGCGCUUCCGGGAGCACCACCCCGCGAACACGCUCGUGCAGGCUGGCCUCGUCGGCGAGGAGUAUCUCGUCGAGGUGGAGCUAGAGGCUCUUCUCGGGCCACGAGCUGCGUAGCCCCGGGUGCGCCGCCAGCGGCAUUCUCGGGACCCGCGUGGAGGCGCACGGCUCGCAGAACGCAGCUGGACACGCCAGCGCGCAAGGGAACUCGACACCACACGGGCACAGACGAGACAUCGCCGAACAGUUUCAGCACUCAAGCGUUGGCCCUAAGCAGAAGCACCUUCAGAAUCUCAAGCGCUGGCACGCAAUCAUAGGCAUCAGCGCUACGUUGCAAAGACGGCGGCGACACACUCGGCACAGCAAGCUCGAAUGUAGGCGCGGGAAGUUUUCAUGCAAGCACUAGCGGCGAACAGUGCAGGCACGGCUGAUGCAGGCGUUCAGGAAUGGCACGGCCAUGGGACAGCGUAACAGCACAGCGUACAAGCUUGGCACCUCACGACUGCCCUCGCACAACUCAAGCUCGGUACGCAUAAGUACCAGAGACGUGCAGCGUACCAGCAUUGAGGUCGCCCAGAAUGCGUCUGCG